AAGAGAAAACACUCGAAGGUUGUGUGCGCGUAAGAUUCAACAGCGUUCAUAAUUAUAACGUAGUUAUUGCUCCUCAGUGAAGCGAUUUCAAUCGCAGAGAGGCUGCAGAAAAUUACCUAUUGCACAUACAAUCAUUACUGCAUUAUGACUGAGGAAGUGAACCCAAAAGCAUAUCCACUGGCUGAUGCCAGUCUUACUACCAAGAUUUUGAAUCUGAUUCAACAGGCUUUGAACUACAAGCAGCUACGGAAAGGCGCAAAUGAAGCUACAAAAACUCUCAACCGCGGUUUGUCAGAGUUCAUCGUGAUGGCUGCAGAUGCAGAACCAUUAGAAAUCUUGCUCCAUUUGCCUCUGCUCUGUGAAGAUAAAAAUGUACCUUACGUAUUUGUACGAUCGAAACAAGCUUUAGGUCGAGCUUGCGGAGUGUCUCGGCAGGUUGUGGCAUGUUCGGUGACUGUAAAUGAGGGUUCACAGCUCAAGCCACAGAUCCAGUCAAUUCAGCAGGAAAUUGAACAGCUCCUGGUGUGAGUGGAGAAGUGUGUUGUAGAGUUCAUCCUACGUCUUGAACUUUCUGUUAUGAAACAUUGUACAUGACUCAGCACAUUGUGUGAAUAUGACCUUCAUUCCAUAUGUUUUCUAAAAGUCAAUGAUACAAUCUGUUCAGUUUUUCAGAACAUUUUCUAAAUAAAAAUAAAAAUAGACGAUUAUUCAUAAAUUUUGUGGUGUGUGAAAUGUUUGUUAAGUCUAAAUGUUUGACGUUAUAAUAAACAUUAUUUUUAUUCUGGG